CCUCCGCGAAGUCUACGACAGCUGAAUCCAUUUUCCCGAUGCGUUUCCUUCGGGGAAUGCAUUCCCGGGAAACGUUGCUUCACCGGAUUCGACUAUCCUGCGCUCCACGGCGCGCUUUAGCGGAGGCACACGGUUGAACCGUUGAAGAAGAUGAGACCAAGCCACGCCUAUAUAAACCCCUCCCACGCCUACAUAAACCCCUCCCUUUGAUUUCCCGCCCAACAUAACAGCAGUCAAGAUUCAAUUCUCUCUGCCAUCCGCCAUGGAAUCUCCUUCUAGAAGAUUUGCGAGCUUCGUCUGCAUCGUCGUGGUCAUUUUCCAUAUUGUUCUUGUUAGAGCUAAUGUAUUGGGCGAUUCAACAACUUCAAGGGAAGUCAUACGAAACUGGCUCCAGAGUGAUUGUGCAAAGAAUAGAGUCAGAAAGGACCAAGAUGACAAAAUAUACACUUCUGCUGCUGGUGUUGGUAAUCAUCAAGAUGAAAAGGACAUUGACAUAGUUGCAACAUACACUGACACUUCUGGUGUUGUCCGACUUGGUACUGUGAAAAGUAAGGACUUAUCUGCUUCCUGGUACUGGGAAGAUCCCAUUAACGAAAGACAGGACCAGCUGAAAAGUUCCCAGAGGCUGGAAGAUUCAUCUCAAAGUAGAGUGAGACUUGGAGAGUUUGAUAAGAGUUCUUUGGUUGAGCUUCGAUCUAGAGAUAGUGUAACGCAGAAUCCUCAAAUGUCUCCGUUGAACCCAGUGAAGCUUCAGCGCCGGGCAUCACGACAAGAAAGGAAGGAUCUCCGAACUGCGGAGUUACUCCGAGAAGAUAAAGAAAAUGAUAGCCAAGUGCAAGCAGCAGCAAUUGAACGCUCUAAAGAGCUUGACACCACUGCCAAGGGAAGGUACAGCAUAUGGAGGAGAGAACAUGAAAACCCUAACUCCGAUGAUACCUUGAAACUUAUGCGAGAUCAGAUAAUAAUGGCCAAAGCAUAUGCUAGCAUCGCCAGGGCUAAGAACGAAACUUAUCUUUAUAAAUCUCUCAUAAAUCAUUUCAGAGAAAAUCGACGUGCAAUUGGAGAAGCAAACACUGAUUCUGAGCUUCACUCGAGUGCACUUGCUCGAGCAAAAGCAAUGGGUAAUAUCCUAUCUAAAGCAAAGGACAAAUUAUAUGACAGCAUUAACGUAGCAAGGAAGUUAAGAGCCAUGGUUCAGUCAACUGAAAAUACUGUAGAUGCACUGAAGAAACAGAGUGCAUUCUUGAUUCAGCUAGCCGCAAAAACUGUCCCUAAACCAUUGAAUUGCCUCCCUCUUGUGCUCACAACUGACUAUUUUCUGCAAGGUCGUCAAAAGAGAGUGGUUCUUAACAAAAAAUUGCUUGAAGAUCCUUCUCUCUACCAUUAUGCUAUCUUUUCUGAUAAUGUGCUUGCAACAUCUGUAGUCAUCAAUUCUACAAUGCUACAUGCAAGUGAACCUGAGAAGCAUGUUUUCCAUAUAGUCACUGAUAAACUGAGUUUUGCAGCAAUGAAAAUGUGGUUUCUUGUCAACAGUCCUGCAAAAGUGACAAUUCAAGUUGAGAACAUUGAUAAUUUUAAGUGGCUCAAUUCUUCUUACUGUUCUGUUCUACGCCAACUUGAGUCUGCUCGGAUGAAAGAAUAUUAUUUCAAAGCAUCUCAUCCAUCUACUCUUUCUGAUGGAUUUGAGAAUCUCAAAUACAGGAAUCCAAAAUAUCUGUCCAUGCUGAAUCAUCUCAGGUUCUACCUUCCUGAAGUUUACCCGAAGCUGGAGAAGAUCCUAUUUUUGGACGAUGAUAUUGUAGUGCAGAAAGAUUUGACACCUCUUUGGUCCCUUGAUAUGCAAGGGAUGGUGAAUGCUGCAGUUGAGACCUGUAAAGAGAGCUUCCAUAGGUUUGAUAAGUAUCUGAACUUCUCUCACCCAAAGAUCUCUGAGAAUUUUGAUCCAAAUGCUUGUGGUUGGGCAUUUGGCAUGAAUAUGUUUGACUUGAAGGAGUGGAGGAGGCGAAACAUGACUGGAAUAUAUCAUUAUUGGCAAGACAUGAACGAAGAUAGAACUCUCUGGAAACUUGGAUCGUUGCCACCAGGACUGAUCACUUUCUACAACCUGACAUAUCCAUUGGAUCGUAGCUGGCAUGUGUUAGGACUUGGCUAUGACCCGCAACUUAACCAGACAGAGAUAGACAAUGCAGCCGUUGUCCAUUACAAUGGAAAUUACAAACCAUGGUUGGAGCUUGCAAUCGCCAAGUACAAGUCGUAUUGGUCAAGAUACGUAAUGCCCGAUAAUCCCUAUCUUCAACUUUGCCAUAUCAGCCAAUAGAGAUUUCAUUUCUCUCCAUGUGUAAUUUUUUGUUUUCUUUUCGUUGAUACGUAGAACAAGAAGAUUGUACUAUUCUUUCCAUUUUAAAUAAAUGGUGGUUCAUGCUGGCUCA